CGCCCGCCCAUUGGCUACACCCGCCACCCGUCAGACGAGCCCCCGGGGCCCGCCCCCAGCCGAGCGGCGCCUCUUAGCGCCCGGCCAGCGCGGAGCCGCUCACUCCCCGGGCGCCGCCACCGCACGCCGCGGGCUCGGGGCCCACCAUGCGCCCGCCACGUCCGCUGCCGGCCCGCUGGCUGUGCGUGCUGGCAGGUGCCCUCGCCUGCGCCCUCGGCCCGGCGGGCGGCCGGGCGGCCAGGCUGCAGCAGGAGUGUGACUAUCUGCAGAUGAUCGAGAUGCAACAGAAGCAGUGCCUGGAGGAGGCCGAGCUGGAGAACGAGACAGCAGGCUGCGGCAAGAUGUGGGACAACCUCACCUGCUGGCCAGCCACCCCUCGGGGCCAGGUCGUUGUCUUGGCCUGUCCCCUCAUCUUCAAGCUCUUCUCCCCCAUUCAAGGCCGCAACGUGAGCCGCAGCUGCACUGACGAAGGCUGGACACAGCUGGAGCCCGGCCCCUACCCCAUUGCCUGUGGUUUGGAUGACAAGGCGGCGAGUUUGGAUGAGCAGCAGACCAUGUUCUUCGCUUCUGUGAAGACGGGCUACACCGUCGGCUACAGCCUGUCCCUCGCCACCCUGCUGGUCGCCACGGCUAUCCUGAGCCUAUGCAGGAAGCUCCACUGCACGCGGAACUACAUCCACACGCACCUCUUCGUCUCCUUCAUCCUGAGAGCCGCUGCGGUCUUCAUCAAAGACUUGGCCCUCUUCGACAGCGGCGAGUCGGACCAGUGCUCCGAGGGCUCGGUGGGCUGCAAGGCAGCCAUGGUCUUCUUCCAAUACUGUGUCAUGGCCAACUUCUUCUGGCUGCUGGUGGAGGGGCUCUACCUGUACACCCUGCUCGCCGUGUCCUUCUUCUCCGAGAGGAAGUACUUCUGGGGGUACAUACUCAUCGGCUGGGGGGUGCCCAGCACAUUCACCACGGUGUGGGCCAUCGUCAGGAUCCAUUUUGAGGAUUACGGGUGCUGGGACAUCAUCGACUCCUCCCUGUGGUGGAUCAUAAAGGGCCCCAUCCUCACCUCCAUCUUGGUGAACUUCAUCCUGUUUAUUUGCAUCAUCCGAAUCCUGCUUCAGAAACUGCAGCCCCCAGAUAUCAGGAAGAGUGGCAGCAGUCCCUACUCGAGGCUGGCCAGGUCCACACUCCUGCUGAUCCCCCUGUUUGGAGUACACUACAUCAUGUUCGCCUUCUUUCCUGACAAUUUUAAGGCUGAGGUGAAAAUGGUCUUUGAGCUCAUCGUGGGGUCUUUCCAGGGCUUCGUGGUGGCGAUCCUCUACUGCUUCCUCAAUGGUGAGGUGCAGGCGGAGCUGAGGCGGAAGUGGCGGCGUUGGCACCUGCAGGGCGUUCUGGGCUGGAACUCCAAAUACCGACCCCCGUCGGGAGGCAGCAAUGGCGGCACGUGCAGCACGCAGGUCUCUAUGCUGACCCGCGUCAGCCCCGGGGCCCGCCGCUCCUCCAGCUUCCAAGCCGAAGUCUCCCUGGUCUGACCGCCAGGAUCCUGGGGCCCUUCCCACUCACCCCGGCACACGCCAGGGACAGAGGCCUACCUGGGCACGGCCAGCCCCAGCCCUGGGCUCGGAGGCUGCCCCCAGCCCUCUGGUCUCUGGUCGGGACGCUCCCAGAGAGCUCAGCCCUAGUGCCUGCCUGGAGGUUUCUAGCAAGUAAGAGAGGCGGGACCUUCUCUCCCGGAGGGCUGCAGGUGGGACUCAGCCAGCAGACCCCUCCUCCAAAGCCCUCCACCAAUCACGGGCAAAAGGCCUGCACACUUUCAUCCUGACUCCACCCCCUGCAGGUGGGACUCAGCCACCGGACUCCUCCUCCAAAGCCCUCCACCAAUCACGGGCAAAAGGCCUGCACACUUUCAUCCUGACCCCGCCCCCUGCAGGUGGGACUCAGCCACCGGACUCCUCCUCCAAAGCCCUCCACCAAUCACGGGCAAAAGGCCUGCACACUUUCAUCCUGACUCCGCCCCCUGCAGGUGGGACUCAGCCACCAGACCCCUCCUCCAAAGCCCUCCACCAAUCACGGGCAAAAGGCCUGCACACUUUCAUCCUGACCCCGCCCCCUGCAGGUGGGACUCAGUCACCGGACUCCUCCUCCAAAGCCCUCCACCAAUCACGGGCAAAAGGCCUGCACACUUUCAUCCUGACUCUGCCCCCUGCUAGCUCCUCUGCCCAGUCGGAGGAAAGACACCGGCGAUCUCAGACCACGCUGGUGAGAUCUGAGGGCGAAAGGUUCUGCCCGGGAAGAUCACCGGCACCAACACCAGGCAGUGCCUGAAAUUUCACCACUGCUUUCGCUCAGGCAUUUCUCUGAAGAUACAGCUCUCUGCCCUGUUGUCGUCUCAGGCUUAGCUACCAGCUCCUCAAGGCGCGUUAUUCUGGAGCUUUGGUUCGGGGAGCACAGCUAUCUCAGUGGUCCCCACCGAAGUGGAGUGGCCCAGGGUCAGUCUGUUGGGGUACAAUGCCACCCAAGGCCGAGGGACUCAAACCUCUGGGAAGGGAGGAGGCAGCCACCGGUGAAUGCUAGGUCUCAGACAGCCUACCUUCUCUCCAGUCUGUGGCUUCAUCUGUCCAGCGGGAUCUUCGCACCAGCCAUACCCAUCCCUCUGCACUGUGGAAGGAACGGGGGAAGGCCCUCCUUGGCCACCCACCUAUGUGCCAGCUGUUGUGACUAGGCUCAGAGAUGUGUACCCGUGGGCUCUGACAGAGCAGAUGCCUCCCCCUGCUCCACAUACAGGAUUUGAACUCACAUCUGGCUGACAGGAAAGUGAAAGCACAGACUCACUGCUAACUUUUGUAUUUUGUAACCAGCGGAUCCUCUCGGUGAUUUGUUCACUGCCAUCAUCCCUGAAUCCCCCUUCCUGCCCCACCCCACCCUCCCUGCAGUGUGGCCGAGGAGGCCUCCAGCCCAUGUAUCAUCUGGACCAGAGCCUGCUGGCCACGGCCUCCUCUGUCUGCCCUUCACCCAGUGGCCACUUGGCUUCCUACCCACACCUCCGCCAGAGGAUCCCUCAGGGCUGCAACAGGCUGUGUAGCAAUAAAUGUUGGCUUGGA